GCGCUGCCCCGCAGCCUGUCCCGCCUGCGCGAGUGCCCGGGCCGCUCCCGCAUCGUGCUGGCGCUCGGGGCCACGCAGAUGGCGCUCGGAUGCCUCAUCGUGGCCGUCAGCUUCGCCGCGCUGGCGCUCACCACCUCGGCCCGCGUCCGCCACUCCUGCCCCUUCUGGGCCGGCUUCUCGGUGCUGCUCUCGGGGCUCAUCGGUGUGGUCUCCUGGAAGAGGCCUCUCUCCCUUGUGAUAACCUUUUUCAUGCUGCUCUCUGCAGUGUGCGUAAUGCUGAAUUUGGCUGGUUCAAUUCUCUCCUGUCAGAAUGCUCAGCUAGUCAACUCCCUAGAAGGCUGUCAGUUGAUUAAGUUUGACAGUGUCGAGGUGUGUGUCUGCUGCGAAAGGCAGCACCAGCCGUCGGGCUGCAGCAACCUUGGGGAGACGCUGAAGCUGAACCCACUGCAGGAGGACUGCAACGCUGUGAGGCUCACGCUGAAGGUGACGGCCAAGGGCAUUCCUGAUUCACGCAUUCCAUCCCAUGCAUUUACAGACGUUUUCCGGACGGGACAGUGUACCCGGAGUCAUGGGGCCCACGUUCAACCGAGCACAUGGCCUGAGUGGACAUGGACCCUGAGCCCGAGCUCAGGCAGGGAGGUCAGCCUUGGGAGCAACCUCUUGCUUCCAUCUGCAGAAGGCAAAAGGGAAGAGGAGCAAAUGCAUGCUCUGGGGGAGUCUGGGAGCUCACGGAGGCCAAGAUUGUUUCUUAAACAUCCACCCUGUGUGCAAGCUGUGCGGGCCCAAAGCAUUACAGGUCUCAUGACUGUCUGUCCCGUGUGGCUUUAUUCUUCCUGCUGUGGAAACAGGGAAGAGAGCAGUUGGGAGGAGGGCGUUGGAAGCGAGGCCAGGGGCUGUCCUACCUCCUACAGUGACUCUGGAGGAGUCUGUGUGGCCUUUGUUGGUCCCCAGCAGUGCCCCCGGAAGUGGAAGCUUACGAGUGUGGAUCAGCAGGCGACCGAGUCCAGCCCCAGGGACCCAGAUGCCACGGCUGGCUUCGGCACACAAGAGCCCGCAGAUGGUUCAAGCCUCCUGGCAUCCGAGGGUGCCACUGCGCCAGGCCUGAGCCCCGAAGGCCCCGUGGGUGCCUCGCAGCCCCUGCCACCUGGCCUCGAGUCCCCGGAGGGCCCUGACCAGGGCACAUGGGUGGUGCCAGGGCCCAGGCGUGUGGCCCGCUCCACCAGCGACCCCACUUCUUGCUCAUCCAGUGUAGCAGGCCAUGCCUCGUCACACACCCCGUCCUGCAGCCAGGACCUGGAAGCAGGACUGUCCGGGGCUGCUCUGGGGACCGUUUCCCGAGCUCACUCUGUCGCGGCUGCCUGUGCAGGUCGGCGCCCGCUCUCACCCCCUGGGCCACCGGAUCCCCGGAAAGGCGACCCGCGGGGAAAGCCAGAGACCUUACAGACGGUCUGCAAAGAGCGGCCACACUCUCUAGUGGACAGCAAGGGCCACACAGACGCCAGGGUGUUGGUGGCUAAGUUUCUGGAACGCUCGAACUGUGCCCUCCCUCCCGAGGUGCGGCACGUGGUGGGCACCUUCCACCCGGCCGGCCCCCCUGAGGAGCCCCACGGGGAGGAGGCCGUGUUCAGCGCCGGCGUUCGGGACCAGGUGUGACCAGGCCACGGGUCCUGACCCGGAUGGGCCUGGGCCCACGCGUCCUUGCUGGAGGCCACUGUGCUGGCGGGGAGGGGCCUGCGGCCCAGAUCUCAGGGUGGCCCAGGCCGUGAGCUGCCGUCCCUCUCUUCAGGAGGAUCCGGUCAGUUGUCUUGGGGAUGACACUUCCUACCUAUUCCGCUAAUACAGAAAAAUGACUCUUGUGGCCACCGCGAACUCUUCCGCUUUGUCAGGCACGUAGCACCUACCCAGCGUUCUGGAAACACAGUGGCAGGUGACGCUAGAGACGCUAAGUAUCUUCAAAAUCAGGGCCGUCAAAAAGCAAGACUGUCCCCCACCUGCAAUUCAGUUGAGUGUUUAGUGGAUAGAAGAGGAUAUCGAGUAAUAUGAGACCAUUUUCUUCUAUGGUUUGUAUCACUCAAUAAUCUACCCUUUAUCGUGUGCUGCCUGGAAAGAAAAUGGAUAAUUCUGGCACGAAGGACAGCCCGGGCCCAGCUCUCCGCCCGCAGGAUGCAGGGCUGUCGUGCCUACGAAUCACAUUAGGAGACCUCAGCGUGGCCUGGCCGCCUCCGGGAAGCAAGCUGGUGUGGCAGGGAGCUUUGCUGGACACCCCCACCCCACCCAGGUCCCCUGGUCCCUUGGGCCUCCCCUCCCCACCACCUCUCCAUGGGGUACCCUCCCCACUGUCUCUCUGGCUGUCUCCUCCUCUGCAGACACUCUUGGGGAGCCUUUUUGGGGGGUUUUCCCUGCGUCUGCCCUCCCCAGGACGGCCUGGACGGGUGGAGGUCUGGGGGAAGAGGCCCAUACCCCAGGAUCUGUGCGCCUCCUCAGAAAGCAGGUCUCUGAUGACCCAGAGCAUCCGCUUCCCAGCCAGGCAGCAGAAGACGCAGGUUGUAAAGCAUCUUUCCACACAGCACCCGCCGAGCUGGGUACGUGGAAGCAGGCCAGCCCCGCCUCCCUGCAGCGGCAGCUUGGGCCUUUGCCUUUCUUGGGCCCCCCACCCCCUCCCCACCGGCCCUCAUGUUCUGGCAACAUUAACACCAGCCACUUCCCACAACGGCCCUGGAGCAGCACGGUCCUCCAGAACUUUCUGCAGCCGUGGGAACGCCUGUCCUUCUGCCAUCCACAGCAGUGGCCACCAGCGCCCGUGCCGUGGCCCUGCCUUGAACAAGGCAGCCCAGAACCCACAGCUGUCAACCGAGAGCCCAGGGGCCUGGCAUGGGGAGCACGAGGAGGGAGCCGACCGCUGCCCACUCUUGCUUGGCGUCCAGCGUCUAGGGGCUGUGGGCUGCCCUGCCCUCUGCUCUGCGCCCCACCGUAGCCAACGUGCUGGGGACGUCAUGUCGUUGGCACUGGGAAAGGGCUGGUGGGGAGGGUCUGCGGUCCGGACGCCUGGAGCCCCCAGCAACGGAGGUGCGGGGAGCCUGCAGUGACGGUCAGCUUUGAACACUUGGCUUCGGUAAAUGUUCUUGGUCAUUGCCUCCUCGCCUCUGGCUGAGGUGACAGAACUGGAAGAAUACCCAUCAGGCCUUCUGAUGCCAACCAGAACUUUUCCACGGGAGAAUCCCAGAGAUGAAUUAUGAGCACUUUAUCCAGACUACAAAAUGGGAAAUCUCUUGUCUCAUUUUUCUCAGCCGAGGGCUUUUGAAAUCCCUCCCCGUGCCCAAAGCAAAUCCCUUCGCUGGUACAGUUAAUUGAUGGUUUUUCCAAGCAGCCUCCCCUGAGCCCAUCAGCACAGCAUUCAUGGCUUCUGAAUCCGGGCAUUUUCGGUGUCCCUGGGGUGGGAACCAGAGCUUAGCAAGCUGCGGGGGGUUUUCGCCUGCAUGUGGGGGGCCCACACUCGGGCUUGGGGGCGCACAUAGCAGUGUCCUUGGGCCGAGCCCCGGAGCUAAGCCUGCACUCUCCGACGUGGCUGCAAUUUGAGUGAGGCCUGCCCCUUACCCUUGCACUCGCAGCUCUGGGGUAGAGCUCGGCCAUCAGUAUUUUUAUUGUGCAGCCAGGGACAGCGGCCACUGGGAGCCCGCCCUGGCACUCUGUGCCCUUCACUUCUCCUCCCUGCAGCGGGACAGUGUUUCUUCUGCCAUCGUGGGCUCCUGCGGCAGCCUGGGCCUCCACCUGGGUACAAGCGGGUGCUCUGACCGAAGCCCAGAGUCCUGGAUGUUCUCAAGAGCCCUGCCCUUCACGCACUUUCCACGCUCAGUUGUGCAUUUGCUCUCAGAGCAACUCUAUCUUGCAGGUGAGGAGACUGUACCCAGUUUUAUACCACUGAGCUAGAACGUUCUGCCCAUCUGCUCGGGGCCCCCGGUGGCCCAUGUGGGCUCCAGCAGGGCCCAGGGUCCCGGCUUCCGGGAAAGGUCCCGGGAGGAGAGAAGUGCCAGUUAGAGCCGCUAGGAACAAGCCAGCUCUAGUACCCGAGACCCUGCUCUGCCCAGCAGCGUCUGGGAGCCAGGUGCCCAGCAGCAAGCACCCCAAGCCCAGACCAUGUGGUUCCUCUUGCUGGUGCACCGCCUCCCUGCUCUCCUCCCGAUAAAGCAUCAGCAGGCAGGGCAGAGCCUCGCAGGCUGCCCCAGGAAGCUAAGGCACGGGACCCCCACCUGCAGGGGACCCUCCCCCCACCUGCACACGCCUGGGUCCUGGGCACUCUCCCUGCCUUUUCCCCACAACCCAAAUGGGGUCAGCUCGGCGUGGGGGCCAGAGCCUGUCCAGACACUGCCAGUUGCAUGGGGGGCAAAAGAACGCUGAGGUGGGUGAGCUCUGGACCCCUUCUCUAUGGCAAACAAGCGGGGGACUCAUCCUUCACAAGGUCUCCUUCAGCUGGUGACAACAACGCAGCUUGAAUGCUUGUAACAAACCAUGUAACAGAAAGCUGCUUUCAAAUGGAUGUUUCCCCCCGCCCUCAGCUGUAUUGAUUCACAGAUGCUGCUAUUAGGCAGAAUUUAUAGGAAAUUGUUUUCAAGCCACAGGAGACCUGUUUGUACAACUUGAAGGUUGUAUUUAUUUAAUGUACCUCAAGGUGUUUUCAUAAUGAUCCAUGUUUUAAUAAAAACUAUUUCUGGCC